CAGUUUUACUUCAUUGGGUCUCUUUCCGUGACAGUGACAACUGACCACUAGCCCUCCCGCAGUAAAUCACAUUGCAAUGGAUCUGCUGGCCGACGGCAGGCCUGAGCGACAGCUCGGAAACUGCGCUUGCCCCUGGGAGAAGGCGGAAAGCUGUGCCAGGAAGGGGAUUUUCUACCAAAAGGCCAGGCUGCUUCAACCCAACGAGGAUGCAUAUAGCAUCGCCCAACUCAAUGACAGAACCUCUGUUAUCGUCAACGUCGGAGGCAAUAAGUAUCAGAUUCCAUGGACUACACUGGACCAGAUCCCUUUAACACGCCUGGGCAGGCUUAAAGCCUGCAGCAAUUAUGAGGAAAUCAUGGAUAUCUGUGACGAUUACGAUGUAAACCACAACGAGUUUUUCUUUGACCGAAAUCCUUGUGCCUUCAGAACCAUCAUGACGUUCCUGACAGCUGGAAAGCUGAGGCUCCUCCGAGAAAUGUGUGCCCUCUCCUUCCAGGAGGAGCUGGUUUACUGGGGCAUUGAGGACGAAAAUCUGGAGUGGUGUUGCCGCCGGAAACUGUACCAGAAAGUGGAGGACCUAGAAGAAAUCAAGAGGACAUUUGAAGUGCUCCUUACUGAAGAACCACAGGGUGCCUUUGAUGAGAUGACUCGGCUGGGUCAUUGCAUGAAGCAGCUCAGGGACAUGGUGGAGAAUCCUGAUUCGGGGAUCCCAGGCAAGAUCUUUGCAUGCCUCUCAGUUCUGUUUGUGACGAUCACCACAGUAAGCCUCUGUGUCAGCACCAUGCCCGAUCUGAGGCAGGAACAGGAGAGGGGCGAAUGCUCCCAGAAGUGCUACAACAUUUUUGUACUGGAGACGAUCUGCGUGGCCUGGUUUUCAUUCGAGUUCCUGCUGCGGUUUAUCCAAGCACAAAGCAAGUGUGCGUUUCUGAGAACUCCUCUGAAUAUCAUCGACAUAAUGGCCAUUUUGCCUUAUUACAUCAGCCUGAUCAUUGAUGCCUUUUCUGUUGAUGGGAAGCCAAGUAGUUCUGGAAGCCUGGAUUUGGAAAAGAUAGGCCUGAUCCUCCGGGUGUUGCGUGCCUUGAGGAUUUUGUACGUGAUGAGGUUGGUGCGUCAUUCUCUGGGGUUACAGACGCUGGGCCUCACAAUCCAACGAUGCACAAGGGAAUUUGGCCUCCUCCUGCUCUUCCUCUGCGUGGCCAUGGCACUUUACUCACCCCUGGUCUUUUUAGCGGAGAGAGAGCUGGGUGCCAAGCAUGAGUUUGCGAGCAUCCCAAGCAGCUACUGGUGGGCAGUGAUAUCCAUGACCACGGUGGGUUACGGAGACAUGGUUCCUCGCAGUAUACCUGGGCAGGUGGUUGCUUUGAGCAGUAUCCUGAGUGGCAUUCUCCUCAUGGCCUUUCCGGUCACCUCCAUCUUUCACACCUUCUCCCGUUCCUACUUGGAGUUGAAAGAUCAGCAGCAGCGCAUUUCGAACACCAAGGCCCAGUUCAAAGGAGACGCCAAGUCCCCAAACAGUGACAGCUCUCAGGAAACUGACAUCUCCUUCCCAAUGAACUAGGGUAAAACAGGAGAGUAAUCACACAGGAAGCUACAGACUGAAGAGCAUUACAUCAGAGACCUUCAUCUCCGUCCAGACUGGGAAGCGACCAGCGUCUUCACACAAAGUUGUUGAAACCAAUGUUUAUCUUAUCAUAUCUAUAUUUGGGAUUGACUUGUUAACAUAGUUAUGGCUGAUUGCCAACUUAAAAAAACAAGGAAAAGAGAGCAGGCAAACCUCUUGCAGUCUAUAAUGUUUCAUACUGCAUAUGUAGUGAGAAAAUCAUUUGGCAUCUUAGUUUUGUACAAUGUCAAGUGGAAAAUCAAAGGAUGCGCAAGUACUUGGCAGUUAAAGUUUCUUGCAUAGACUGUGAUUGUGCUGGCACAGUGCAUGUUCUGAUAUUCUACUUAAAAUUGGCGCAUUCUUUAACUGAUUCAGUUAAUCAGGACCUCUACCAGCUGACAUGCUUUCAUUUUAUCUGGAGGAAGAAGUGAAUUUGAAUCCAUAGUAAAAUGUUCUUACUAAU